AUGCAAGCUAUCAAAUGUGUUGUUGUCGGUGAUGGAGGUGUCGGUAAAACGUGCCUUUUAAUAAGUUAUACGAAUAACACCUUCCCCGGGGAAUACGUUCCAACCGUGUUUGACAACUAUUCAGCUAAUGUGAUGGUAGACGGAAGACCUGUAAACUUGGGAUUAUGGGACACAGCUGAGGAUUAUGAUCGUCUGCGACCCUUAUCAUACCCCCAGACCGAUGUUUUUAUUAUCUGCUUCUCACUCGUGGGAACAUCUUCUUACGAGAACGUUGAAGGGAAGUGGUCUAAAGAGGUGGCCCACUUUGCCCCGAACACACCCAUAAUUUUGGUCGGUACCAAAUUGGAUCUUCGGGACAACACGCGUUCGGAGACAGCAUUGAAGCAUUCUCCGAUUACAUGCAUUUCCUACCAACAGGUAAGGAUUUUAUGGUUCUGCUGUGUCUUUUUAGUUAGUCAGUCAUUUGUUCAUUGUGGUCGCCCGUUUUCGAUAUGCUUUUACUGA